UGCUUUCACUAGCCAGUGCGAUCAGUGCCAGCCAAACGGGCGACAAGCGGGCCAAAACAGUGCAAUUUGUGCAAUUAGUGGAAUACAGUGGAUAAGCGGCAGAAACUCCUUGCAAAAUGAAAGUGCUCAUACUCCUCGUACUUUUGGUUAUAUCCUGCCAAGGACAACACCACCAUCAGCACCAGAACGUGAACAACAUUCCGCGGGAUGACAAGCCAGAUCAUCAUCGCCACGAGGACCAUCGGGAGACCAGCACCUGGAUUCCCAUAAUCAAGUACAACAAGGAGCAGAGCGACGACGGCAGCUACAAGACGGAGUACGAGACGGGAAACAGCAUCGUCCACGAGGAAACCGGCUUCCUCAAGGACUUCGAUACGAAUCCGAACGGAGUGUUGGUGCAGCAUGGCCAGUACUCCUACCAAUCGCCGGAGGGAACUCUGGUGAAUGUGCAGUACACGGCCGACGAGAAUGGCUUCCGCGCCACCGGGGAUCACAUUCCCACGCCGCCGGCGAUUCCCGAGGAGAUCCAGAAGGGACUUGACCAGAUCUACGCCGGUAUCAAGUUGCAGCAGGAGCGGCUGGAGCAGCGGGCCAAAACAGAUCCGGACUUUGCCAGGAAGCUGGAGGAGCGACGGGUGGCCAACCAGAAUGGCCAGUACAUUGGCCUGCUGGAGAACCAGUAGACCAGUUCUCCCAUCUCUUAUUCCACUGGGAACCCCAUCCACCGAACCGACGAUCCUGGAAACGUGUCUCCUUCGCAUUCUACAUCAACAUCAACAAGACUGUGAUUUCACUCUGCAAGUUCUUCUUCCAAAUCGCUGUACCACCACUCCGAUUGAUAUACUUUGAUAACUUUUAAUUUCCAACUAAGUUCCAUAAACAAACACACACACACACAGGUGCACAUACACACACACACACUCACACUCACAGGGGCGCUCAAUCAAAGUAAUAAUAUUUUAUUAACGAGUGUGAAAGUUUCGCCGCUUUGAAACAAUAAAAGAAAAACUAACGUUUCCAU